AUGUCACCGGUCAAGUCCCAAGGUAGAACAAGUGACAGAAAGCAGAGGGCAGCAAAAAGAGAAAUUAAACUGAAAAAUGGAUGUAGGAAUGGUUCCAGGGCAUCUCCGGCUCGCUCCAACACGUCCAAUGGUAAACAAAAGCGUAGUGGGAACUCACCAACCUUGGAGAAAGGACAGAAAGAUGAGGUGAAUAGUAAAGGAAGGAAUAAAAAAGAUGAACGUAAAAAGCGAAGCGCAGAACAGAAGGAACCACAGAAAGAAAAAGGGAAGAAACUCAUAAAUGGUCGAACCACCGGUGGUAGAUUACAACCUCAAAGUGAGAAUGUCAGUGAAAGUAAACUGGGCAUAAAUAAAGCUGCUAAACUCCAACCAGCCCCCAAGACACCCACGACAAAAACAGGAAGGAUCAACAACAAGCCCUCUGCCAAGACUGGAAACAGAAGAAGUGGCAGAGUGACAGAAAGUGAGGAAGAGGAGGAGGAUGAAGAGGAGGAGAAAUCCGAGAGUGAUGCAGGAAGCUCAGUGGAGGACAGGGAAGAGGAAGAUGAUAAAGAUGAUACGGAGGAGGAGCUGAGGAGUAAUGAAGAGCCAGUUGAGACGCAGGGGAGUGAGGAAAGCAGUGAAGAAGAGGGUGAAGUGUCAGACACUCAGAAAGAUACAGAAAAAGCAGCAGCAGACAAGGCAUCAGACAAAGAUCUCUCAGAGGACACCAAAACCAGAAGUGACCCAGAGAAAGAAUCAGUCACCACCAGUGAAGAGGAAGAGGAAAGCCAGAGGGAAGUUGAGGAGUCUGAGGCUAUCACCAGUGACGGAGGUGGAGACGAGCUGAUAACCCAGGAGGACACGUCUGAAAAGCCAGCGACUGAUAAAGCCGGCAGACGGCACAGACAAACGCCACGUCCCUCGGAGCCUGCACGGGUGCAGAAACACAAGAUGUUUAAGAAAACAAAGGCAGAUAAGCAGGCUGAGAAGGCAGAGAAACAGAAGGCCAAGGCAGAAAAGCAGCGGGCAGAAAAGGAAGCCAAACAAAAAGCCAAGGAAGACAAAAAGAACAAAAAGAAACCACAAAAAGAGGAGAAACCCAGCCCUGCACAGGAGAGUCAACCACUGAAAGGUAUUUCACUCAACAAGAUUGACACAGCAAAAGGCAAGGCCCAGCUACUUCAGUUAGCCAGCAAAACAAAGAAUAUCAAAGAGAAAAUUGUUCUAGCAGAAACGGAUCCGGAUGAGGAGGAGGAAGAAGAGGCUGGACCAACAUUGUCCAGUGCCAUUAAAGGCCAGAAUCGGCUAAUGCUUCUCAAAGCCAAAGGUAAAGACCUCAAAGCCAGUUUGGAUCCUGAGCCAGCAAAAGAGGUGCAACAACAGGCUGGAGGUGAUGUCAAAGACCGGCCAAGUGUGCUCUUUGGGAAGGUCAAGAUGGCAUCCGUUCGACAUAGAACCAAUAAGAUGUUAGCAAAGCCAGAUGAGGAAAUAUCAGAGAAUGACGCUGUGGAUGGAGGGUCCAGCAAACCCAAAGAAUGUUUAAUAGCACGAAGAAAAGGUGUGACAACUCUUCGCCGGGUGUCUGGCUGGAUUCAGAAGAAAAUGCCAAGGGGGAUAAAUGUGAAAAAAAAAGUUUCUGCUUGGUCUAAAGUCAUUGAGGUUUCCCGCUGGCUCUCCCAUCGGGCUUUGAAAGCAAAAGAGGGAACCAGAAAGUCUAAGGGAAAUUUUCUCAAAAACAGGAUGGCCAUGAGAGUUGCCACUAAAACCAGUAUGGCCAGUAAGAAGAGCAGAAACUCCUCUGAAGAGAAAAGAGCCAAAGAGAAAGCUGGACCCCAGGGAAAGGUAGGGGAGGGAGGGGAAGAGGGAGCUACAGCUGGGGAGAAAGAGGCAGAGGCCAAAUACGCUGUGGUGCUCCCUAGGAUGAACAAACUGGGCCUGGCGAAGACAGCUCAGGUGCCCCAGGCAGGCUCUGCAGCAUCUACCCCAGCGACUAACACUGGACCAUCAGGGGGCACUGCCACCUCUGAGCCCAAACCCCCUAAACCAGGCGCCAGGCUCGUCCUGCCCGUCAAACCAGACCUCAGCCUCCUGAAGUCCAUCAACAAACACUUGCCAGGCGAAUUAACAACAGGUGGAGAUACAGCUGAUAGAAAUGCUGGGUCCAGUGUUGGACCAGCAGCACCAGAGGGAACAUCAGACACUGAGGACAGGAACAGAAAAGCUGCCCUGGACAGUCAAGAUGGUGUCAGUGUGCUCCAGGCUGCUAAAGGGAAGCUGGGCUCGUCCCCAGUCAACCUGACCAAGAUAUCCCUCUCAGGAGGAGUGAUAGGUGCUGGGCCAGCUCGGGCCAGGGCACUGGAUCCAGAGAGGGAGGCAGCAUCUGGGAUACCCAGGACCACCACUGAGCCCCUUCAGACUGGGGAGGCAGGCAGGGUGGUGCCAGGGGUCGCAUCUCUCUAUGAGGAGGAGGUAGACAGGGAAGUGGCUCAGCUGAUGGACGAUGGGGGGCCAUAUACUGUCAGCCCAGCAGAGGUGCACUGGGUAGGGAACACACGGAUGAGUGGAGAUCCUCAGGACUGGUUGCGUACAGAGAACUUGCUACCUCAUCAGACGGUUGAGAAGCUAACCAAGUGGACUGUCUACGAAGAUGAGGGCCAGACCAGGACAGUCCCAGUCCACAAUGGCAGGGGCCCCUGGGAGUCAGAAGACCCCACCCAGGAAAUGCUUGAGAGUCGACUCAGCUGCACACAGGUGUUGAUGCCAGGUAACAAAACAGUUGUAGAGGUCGAUGAAGUGGAGGAUCUCUCUCAGCUGGAAGAGGUUUGCGAGAGCUCAGUGCUUCUGAAUCUGAAGAAGAGGUUUCAGCGGGACUGUAUUUACACGUACAUAGGAAACAUGCUACUGUCAGUUAACCCCUUCAAGCCCCUUAAUAUCUACUCAGAGGACCUGAGGCAACAAUACCAGGGCAGAGAGCUGCAGAGGAACCCACCCCAUGUGUAUGCCAUAGCCGACAGUGCCUUCAGCGAGUCCCAGACCUCUACACAGGAGCAGUGCAUCAUCAUAAGUGGUCAGAGUGGUUCAGGAAAAACCGAAGCCACCAAACUGAUAGUCCACUACCUCAGCUCCAUGUAUCAAGGCAGAAAUGACAACCUCCGACAGCCCAUGGAGGUCUUCCCCAUCCUGGAGAGCUUUGGGAAUGCCAAGACCAUCCUCAACAACAACUCCAGCCGCUUCGGCAAGUACCUCCACGUUCACAUUCUUCAUGGGGUUGUUGUAGGGACCUCAUUAUCCAAAUAUCUCCUUGAGAAGUCCAGGGUUGUCUUUCAGGCCAAUGAGGAGAGGAACUACCAUAUAUUCUAUGAGCUGCUGGCUGGCAUGAAUGACUGGGACAAACAGCAGCUCUAUCUGCAGGGAUCUGAGACCUACUACUACCUCAAUCAAGGUGGUGCCUGUGAUUUGAAGGGGAAGCAGGACAAGCAGGACUUUCAGCUUUUGGUCCAGUGCUUUGAGACCAUCGGUCUUCAUGCUGACCAGAUCUCCACCAUCUGGGCUAUCCUCUCCUCUAUCCUACAGCUCGGCAACAUCUGCUUCAGCUCUUAUGAGAGUGAGUCGUUUGAGGUGGCUCGUAUCUUCAGCGAGGCGGAGGCCAGGAGAAUCGGCUCCCUGCUGCAGGUUUCCUCAGAGGCUCUGCAGACAGUUAUCACACACCGAGUCACUGAGACGACCUAUGACAGGAUCUACUGCCCUCUGUCUGUGGAAAGUGCCAUAGAAUCCAGAGAUGCGAUUGCCAAGGCCCUGUAUUCAGUGCUGUUUGACUGGCUGUUGGAGCAGAUCAAUGAUUGGCUGAGCCCUGCAGAGAUGGACAGCACAGUGGGCAUAGUGGAUAUCUAUGGGUUUGAGGACCUGGGGGUGAACAGUUUUGAGCAGCUGUGUAUCAACUUUGCCAAUGAGCAGCUGCAGCACUUUGUCAACAAGGCAGUGGUCUCUCAGGAGCAGGAGGAGUACAGUGCAGAGCAGAUCCAGUGGUACCCAGUACCACUCACUAACUACCACUCCUGUCUGGAGCUGAUCUCCUCCAGGCCACAUGGCAUCCUGCGCAUACUGGACGACCAGACCUGCCUCCCCCAGGCCACUGACCACACUUUCCUCCAGAAGUGCCACUAUCACCAUGGGAACAACCCCUACUAUGCCAAGCCUAAGAUCCCGCUGCCAGUCUUCACUGUUUAUCACUACGCUGGAGCCGUCACCUACCAGGUCCAUAAUUUUCUAAAUAAGAACCACGAUCACUUCCGGACAGAAGUGGUGGAGCUUUUUGCCAGGAGCCGACUGAAGAUGGUGUCGGAGCUGUUUUGUAAAGUUCAGGAUGGUUACAUCCAGCAGAGAGAGCUGGGUUGGAGAGGGAAGGGCCUCCGCCAGCAGCCCUCGACUGUUGCUGCACAUUUCCAGCAAUCCCUGAGUGAACUCACAACCCGCCUGGAGAGAUGUAAAACCACGUUUAUCCGUUGUCUUAAGCCAAACUAUGUCAAGCUUCCUGGUAUCUUUGACGUGGAAUAUGUGUUGGCCCAGCUGAGGCAUGCUGGGAUGCUGGAGACAAUCCAAAUCAGGAAGAGGGGCUUCCCCGUUCGGAUCCUGUACUCCUACUUCAUGGAGAGGUAUGGGGUGCUGCUGAACCAGCGGUCUAACCACCUUUCCGACAGGGAGCAGACUGUGGCUCUGCUGGAGAUGCUUGAUGCAGAGGAGGGGCAGUAUCAGCUGGGACUCACCAAGGUGUUCUUGAAGGAGCUUCUGUACCAGCGGGUGGAGGACAAGUGGAGCAGCACCCAGACCUGGGCUGCCAUCACCAUCCAGAGGAACAUCAGGGGUUUCAUCUGCAGGAGGAACUUCAGGUUCUUCAAACAGAAAGCCAUUGUCAUCCAGAGCCACAUUCGAGGACACCAGGCCAGAAAGUACUACAAGCGUCUUAAGCACUCUUUCACCCAGUUUUGGGCGUUGAUGAUGAUAACUCGGAACACCAUCAAAAGACGCCAGUGGAGGAAGGAACAUAGCGAGAGGAACAAAUUAAAAGCAGUCGCCAAGACUAAGUCUGUCUCUCCAGGGAUGGAUGUGGGGAUGCUGGAGAUCCCGGCUGAGCUCUCAGCCAGACUACGCAGUGGAACAGGGCGGCAGCACACGUCAGGGGUCACAGAGGUUGCACUUCCACAGGUGAAAGCAGAGCACAACCUCGCCUUGCCUACGGAUAUAGACAAAUACCCAUUUUCUCGAUAUGCCAAGUCAGUGUUACGGGAUUCCUGGUGCCAGCCACAGGGAUAUUCCCUCCAGAGAUCCCUAACCGCUCUAGAGCCCGAGGAUGCCAGAGUCGCCCUGGAAAUUUACAAACUGAUCUUACGGUUUACAGGUGAGUCGGACCUCAGCAGCUGGCAGGAGCAGACGCUGGGGAACUACAUCGUGGAGAAGGGCCAGAGUCGGCCAGCCCUGAGGGAUGAGAUCCUGGUCCAGUUAGUCUACCAUAUCUGGGGCAUGACGGAGGAGCAGGACAGCCUGAGGGGCUGGCUGCUGCUGGCCUGCUGCCUCAGUGCCUUCACGCCCUCCCCGACACUGGACAAACCCCUGCUGAAGUAUGUGUCUGACCACGGUCCAGGGGAAUAUCGCUCUCUGUGCCAACACAAGCUGCUGACCUCACUGCAGCUACCAGCCCCUGUCGCCCGCCUCUACCCCCCCACCCAGCUAGAGUGGACCACCAACCAGAGGAGGGGCAAGAUGGUGCUAGACGUACACACAUUCAACGAUGAGAAGCUGACAGCUGAAGUGGAGUCUUGGACCACAGGAGAGCAGCUGGCCUCGUGGCUGCUCCUCUUCAGAGGCGUUUCGGAGGCUGUGCAGGGCUGGUCAGUGUCUCUUCUGGCCGACGAGGGCUGGUCAGACCUGGCUGGCACCGACUUCGUCAUGGAUCUGCUGGCCGGGGCCGAAACUGAAGUUCUGCCACCACCAGGGACUCCCUCCUCCACAAACAGCGACUACCUGUUCAGCAGCCACGGCAACGGGACAACUACUGCAGACCUGGACGGCUUCAUCCCCCCAGCCCCCUCCAUACAGGCUCCUGGGCUGCCUGCUUUUGAAGGAAACCGCUGGGGAAGAGAUUAUCCACAGGAGGGCCGUGGGCGACAGAUAGAUGCCUUUGUUGAUGACCUGUUCGACCCCGUGCUGGAUCAAGGACCUCCCGACUUGGAAAGAAUAGCCAUGUUGAACCGGAGGCUGAGGGGAGGAGGAGGGAUUGGACCCAUGCAGCCUGGCAUGUAUGGAGCUGGUAUGCCUAUGACAAUGCCAGGCUAUGCAAUGGGAAUGCCAGCCGCCCCUGCCAUGCCUGCCUACAGUGCCACUCCUAUGAUGCCAACCAUGCCACCCAUGAUGAUACCCCAGCCUGCUAUGCCUCCUCCGCCUGCUGUUGAUCCCAUGCAGAUGGCUGCAACACAGCAGGCCCUUAUCAACCAACAGGCCUUUCUCAUGGCCCAGCAGAUGACCCUCCAGGCGAUGACUCUGUCCCAGCAGCAGACCCAGGAGCAGCAGAGACAGGAGAGGGAACAGAGACGUCAGUCCGACCGACGCCCCAGGCAACGCACCCGCUCACCCUCCCCGCGAAGCCCCUCACCCCCACCCGCUCGACCCAAAACAACCACACCCGCCCGACCCAAAACACCCACACCCAAACACACCCCCACCUACCAGCACAAUGAACCAGAGCCAGAGAGAACAGUGGAUAUGCCUGAUCCCGAUCAGCUGGAGUCUUUCAGAGACAAGAGAAACUACUUCCAGAAGAUCGGCUCUCAAACUCAAAUUGCACCCAAAGCCCCAAAGCCCCAGCCGUCUCAAAACAGUCCGCCCAGACAGCAGCGCUCCCCUCCCUCAAGGCAAAAAUCUCCCCCACCAACAGCUCCAAAACCUGAGGUGAAACGUCCAGCAUCCCCCCCUGCUCGACAGGCUGACUCCCCAAAACCAAGACCACUCUCCCACUCCCAGCCUGAACCCUCUUCCAACAUCCGGGAAAUCAUCAAACAGUACAACAGUCGGCCUGCCCCGGAGCCCAAAGCCUUUGAGCCAGUCAGAGUUCCUGGCAGGCAUUUUGUAAAGAAGAGUGACCCCAAAGAGGAAGCUCUAGCCAUACUCAAAAGCAAAGGACCAGUCCCACAACAGAAGAGAGAGCAGCCUCCUCCUCCCCCUCACCCUCCCCCUAAGGCACCCUCUCCGCAGCGCUCCCCUCCGUCCACCAGGGGUCCUCGCUCCAUCUCCAACAGCAUGAGGCAGAAGCAGCGCUCCCUGGCCGACCUCUUCGGCUCCCAGCGUUCCCAGCACCCUCCGCCCGUUCCAGCCCCGGACGCCCCACCGCCCCCUCCACCCCCAGAACCCAUCUAUCAGACCAUCCCAGACCCACCGCCCAUGGCUGCCCCCACCCUCAAUGUGAUGCCAGAGGAGGAGAAUGCUCGCUCCAAGCUCCACCGAUUCUCUGCUAGCAUCACUUUCUCAUACUCCGCCAUGCCAGGAAAACUGUUCCUACGCAAAGAGGUGUUUUACCCCAAAGAGAUGUUCAACCGGCCAUACAUCCUCAAUCUUUUAUGUGAGCAGAUUAUGAGAGACACCUACUCUGAUAGCUGUGUCAGGAUCAGCAGAGAGGAGAGGAGGAAGAUGAAGGAUCUCCUAGCAAGUUUCCAUGUGGGCACGACUAUAAGCACCAUCCAGGACGACAACAUGAAAAAGAGGAUUGUCAUUGCCGCUCGAGACAACUGGGAGAACUACUUUACUCGCCUGUUCCCUGUGAAUGCCAACAGUGGCGAUGCUCAGGUUCUGGGUGUGUCUCACCGCGGCAUUCGUCUGCUGAAGGUGGUCAGAGCGUCAGGCAUCAACCCCAAACACCUCCGUUUGCUCAAGAGCUACAGCUUUGCAGAGCUGCUGUCAGUCGAGCUCCAGGACGCAGACACCGUGAAGGUGGAGCUGAAGAAUGAACUGAUCGUGCUGCAGUCCUCCAGAGCCCCUCAGAUCGCUGCCAUGAUCCGACUCUUCCUCCGGGAGCUCAUUAAGGACUCAGGCCAUGUAGUUGCCCUGAAGAGUUACGUGACAGAUGACAAGAGCCUGCUCAGCUUCAGCAGGGGUGACGUCAUCAGAUUGCUGCCAAUGGAAGGACUUCAGCCAGGCUGGUGUUUUGGCACCAUCGGAGGGCGCUCUGGUCUUUUCCCAGAUGAGCUCACCCAGCCAUCUGCUGCCCCAGACUACCACGGUGUCCACCUUGACCGGAGAGAUGAGAGGAGGAAAAGCAUGAGGGCCAACAAACCUGCCAGUGCACCCAAGGACCUUCAAUCAGACCCCAUCACCAGACCCAUGAACAGUGUUUCUCCAGGCCAGACCAGCAGGGAGGGCUCAGUCCAGGGCUCAGAGUCAGAGAUCCUCCCCAACUCCAUGGCUGAGUUUGCCAUGAAAUACUUCAGGUACGAUGUUCAAAGAGUGGAGAGUUCAGGUCUACCGCCAAGUGGAAGGGAUUUUUCAAAGAAGGUUCAACACACAGAGGUCCCAAUACAGGAGUCUCUCAUCCUCUACAGUGACCCUGAAAUAAAUGAUGUGGCGGUCCAGUGCUUUAUGAGCUUGAUGCAGUAUAUGGGUGACAUGCCAAUGAGGAAGAAUCACACCCACGGAGACUGCUUGAGCCACAUCUUACUGCUCGGGAAGGAGAAGGAGCUGCUGAGGGAUGAGAUCUACUGCCAGAUCAUCAAGCAGACCACCAACAACCCAGUCAAAGACAGCUGCACUCUUGGCUGGCGGCUGCUCAACCUGGUGACCGGGGUCUUCCCCUGCUCCGGGACCCUGCAGCCCUACGUCACUCACUACCUACAGGACAUCAUUCAGGACCAGGCACACCUAUACCAAGAGCUUGCUGCUGUGUGUCAGGAUAACCUGUGGCGCUCUCUGAGUUAUAGCGGUCGUCGUAACAUCCCCUCACAAGUAGAGAUGGACGCCAUUCUGGCUGGCAAAACAUCUCGACGAAUUCCUAUUCAGCUCCCAGGAGGGGUGGACUUCCCUGUUAAGAUACACAGCUUCAUUGUGGCAGCAGAGGUGGUGACACAGUUCUGUAAAGAGAUGGGCAUCUCAGAUCCUGCAGAACUGAAAGAGUUCUCCCUCCAUGCCAACCGACCCCAAUACGGUGUGGUUCGCCCCCUCCAUGCUGAGGAGUAUCUCUUUGACUUCCUGCUGGACGAUGGCUCCGUGUCCCUGUCUCUGAGCCGAGUCAUCUGGAGAAACCCUCUCUCCUUCAACAACAACCUCUAUGUGGAUUUCCACUACCAACAGUUGCUGGGUGACUAUCUGGACGGGAAGUUGAAGCUUCCCUCUGCUGGUGGUUCCUCGUCGAUCCAGCAGAUGGCAGAGCUGUCGGCCCUGCAGCACCUAGCUCAGGGACUGACCAGCCAGCCUUCACUGCCGGAGGUCAGGGAGUACCUGCCCAGACAGGAUGGGAUCAGCAGUAAAAUUGAGGAGAUCCACUCCUUCUGCUUGGGCCAGCUGGCUGCCAUGCAGUCCCUCAGCCCUGACGACGCCAAAAUCCGAUUCAUUGAGUUUCUGAGCACCCUGCCUCUGUUUGGCUCCAACAUCUUCCUGGCCCAGAAGGUCAGCCAGCGUGGCUGCCCCUCACCCUGCCUGGUCACCAUCGGCCAGCAGGGGGUGCUGUUCAUUCACCCCAAAACACAGGAGCGAGUGUUUGUGAUCCCUCUGGUGGAGGUGCAGUCCAUGCGCACCGUCAGUCCUAAGAAACUAGACAAAGUGCCAGCAGUGGAAAUCAGUUAUGGCAAUCCAGGCCGUCCCAAGAAAAUCACUGUUCAACUCAAAGAGGCCAAGGAGCUGUGCCACAUCCUUGCUGUAACUAUGGAAGAGUUGGUCCGGCCAUCUAUCAACAGCUCCAUUUCAAGUCGCCAGUAGACACACACACACACACACACACACACACACACACACACACACACAGACACACACACACACACACACACACACACACACAAAGUGUAUCAAAAAUGGACUACAAUUUUUGUUAAUCACUGACUUUCAUUCAUGUCAUUUUUUCUAUUUGCGUGGUUGAUGAAACUCAAUAAGGAGUGUACUAUGUUCUUUGCAGAGAUUACCUACUGUUUUUGAAUGCAUUUGCAUACAGUGCACAAGCAUGCAAAUAUGCACACACACACACACUGAUGAUAUUUUCCCGUGGAGUUAUUUGAGACAAAAUGCCAGCUGACAAAUCAUUACCAGUGUUGGGAGUAAUUAGUUUACUCUUAUUCAGAUUAUUGUAAUUAGAUGACUUUUUCCAGUAACAAGGUAAAGUAAGGGAUUCCUUUUUAUUUUCAGUAAUCACAGUACAGUUUCUGCUCUAAUAAAAUUCUUAUUAUCUUCCAUUACUUGAGCAUGGGGCUUUAUGGAAAAAUAUGGAUUCUCAGUGCGGAGAAUAUAGACCUAAUAUCAUGUGAGCUGAGGUGUUGGCCUGGUUUGGUGAAGGUUUGCCCCCACACUCCUGUUUGCUGGUCUAGGAUCAGAUUUUAUAUCUUAUUUAUUAUGAUUUAAUAUGCAACUGAUCCUAGAACAUUACACAUAUGAGUCAUUGUCCAGUCUUGUUGUUUCCUUCUGAUAAGGGCUGAUCUGGAUCUUAGAAAGUAACACAAAAGUAAAAUAUCAAAUUACUUUUACUUUUUGGAGAUAGUAAUUAGUAUGGUAAUAUGAUUACAAUUUGUACAAAUUAAGGAGUAACUUUACUUGAUUACUGUUUUUGAGUAACUUACCCUGCACUGAUUAUUAACCUCUGAUAAGUGGACAGAGGGGAACGUGGGACGAAUCUGAGUGAAUGAACUGGUCAUCGCCAGACCAAAUCAAUGCUGUAAUUGUGUUCCUUUGCUAUCAGGCGUCUCCAUUGUUGAAGCUGUUUAAUGUCCAGUUGUAAUAAACCUGAUUCUUUGUGCUCUGAAGGUGUCAUCCCAGUGCUGAGAUCAUUUCCCUUUUGCUAAUAUUAUAUUGAUGUCAUGUCAUAUGAACACUGUGUUGUUCUGCUAAAAAGGAGCCAUGGUUCAGUUUGUAAGCAUUAAAGAAAUAUGUUGAUUCA